AUGGAACCACACGAUCAUGGCAACGGCCAAGGCGCAUUCCAGAUCCAUCUAGACGCUGUUGAAGAGCUUACUCGCGACGAUCGUCCAUCUCCCGCGCUCACAGGCAACCCCUUAGGUGCUACUGACAAUCCCCAGGGCGACAGAAAUGCGGCAUCAUCAAGCAAGGCACCCAAGCAGCCCCGGAAACCACGAACUCCCAAACAAGGUAUCGCGGAUGCGAGCCUGAAGGAGUUCAAAGAGAUCAUGAUACAAUAUCGCCUUGAUCACUGGAGAGCAAGGGCGCAGAUCGUCCAUGUCAAGGGUCAAACUAACCUGACAGCUUUGUGGAGCCCACAAUGGGCUGGCUUCAAGGUUGCGGACAGCGGGAUGAACAUGUUUGAUGGCUUCGACCGAACGUGGUUUGUACCAUUCGACAUAACCACACCUCUGCCUGCACAAAAGCGGGAGGUCGCAGAAGACCUCCAGAAACGACGCCUUGAACUGGAGGCUGCAUAUCGCACCAAGGUCGAGAGAGACAAGACCUUUCUAACGAAACUGCAGCACCUAAUAGAAGAGGAGGUUAAGGAGACAUGCCAGACGCUGUGGGAGCCCAACGCUUACGAUCCGGACCGGGAGCCAGCAAGAUGGGAUGAUGUGCGAGCAAGCUUCCAACUCAGUCACUUGGUCACUAUGAUAGCUCAAACUCGCUUGGCCGUUGGCAAAGAACAGCUACCAGGGUACUACCAGGUCAAGGUCCUCGAUUUAGGGGUCGACGGUAAGAUUACUUACCAGAGUGUCAAUCUACCUAGCGAUGUCAGUAUGGAGGGACUGCUUUCACGAAUGAAGGUUAGGUCUCCUCCCGACAGUGAACAGAGCCAGCAUACUAUCAACGUCCUUAUAAAUAGACUCAAAAUUGUUUGGCAACGUGGAGAUGAAGCACAGCGAAAGAAAGCCAAAGGCUUAUAUCGCCAGCUCAAUGAAUUGGUGCUGGUAGAGAAACCUGAAGGUGAGAGGUUACCAGACCGUCUUCGUACGUGGACGAAGUUGAACGAAACAACCUACCAAGAGCUACUCGAAGGCGUGCGAGCAAAGAAACACCCGGUUUUUAUUCGAAAAGUUCGACUUCGCCGGUGGUGGCCUGAAGUAGAUGAUCUUAUGAACCAAGCUGAAGUUUUCUUUGGCGAAGCCGGGCUGGCGCCAUUUCAGCUUGAUAUCGUGGAUGAACUUCUUGCCAGCCGCACCCAGGAAGAAGUCCAACGAGCAGCGAAAACAAAACAAGCGCUGGACAGAGCAAAGCUUGCGACUAUGGGGAGGCUUGAUUCUCCAAGUAAGAACAACGAUGAUGACGAGUUUGGCAGUUUAUGA